UUUUUUUACUCACAGACGUCACAGUCAAACCGUUUCUCCGUUGACUUCCAUCUCCGGGCGUCUCCUUCUCGGCGGGAAGAAAAAAAAUGAGCAAAGACUUUCUCAAUGCCUACGCCCAUGCCAAUAACCGGAAGAGGAAGAUGAAGGAAGUGGCGGCGGACCAUCUGCCGCCCCAUCUGCCGCGGUUCGCAUCCGCUCCGCCAGCGGCACCGCUGAGUCUCUUUCCUCUGGAUUCAGCGGCUGGGGCGGGGGCGGGGGCGUCGUCGUCUGCCGCCAGGCACCCGCCGCAUCUGGCGUCCCAUUUCGACACUGCUCUUCGGCUGAGCAGCGUUGAGACUGGGCGGCAGCAGGCGGGGGCAGGCGGAGGAGACCUGGGCGCCUUGUCUAGGCCUAUACAGUCUUUCACUUCCUUGUUGCUCACCGGAGACGGCAGCAAUGAGGCGGCGGCGGAAGAGGAGUGUACCCACCGUGUUAUCAAACACGCUGUCACUUGUUAUAGCGAACGGGUGAGAGAGAUGAUGGAGGAGAUGUGCAUGCAGCAGCACGCGAUGGAGCACGCCAUGGCGGAGGAGAGGGCAGCGAAGAGGAUGAAGGAGAAGCACGACGAAAUGGUGGGCCGGGUCAUGGCUAGGAACUCUGAGUUAGAAAGGCUUCUUUCUAACUUCAGGAACCAAGCCAUGAACAUGGGGCACAGAAUCAAGACCCUCGAGCAGACCAACGCCGCCCUCCGGGCGACGCUGCAGCAGGCCACCGCAUCUCUCCGCUCUGGCGGAGGAGGCGGGGAGGAGAUGAUGCUGCUGGUCAGGCAGCAUCAUCAGCAGCCGCAGCCGCCGCCGGCGGAGGAUCAGGAGGACGCGCAGUCGUCGUCCUCGGUGGACCCGGAGCAGUCGGGGCGACCGGUCAGGUUGACUUGCCGGCUUUGCGCCCGGCGGAUCGCGACGGUGAUGCUGUGGCCGUGCCGCCACCUCUGCCUGUGUAAACGCUGCGAGGGGUUUGCGAACCGGUGCCCGGUUUGUGAGGCGGCUUUCCAAGCCAACAUUGAGGUUGAUCUUUCCGGCCCAUCUGCAUCCCUAUAAUCCACAAUCGCUCCCACUCCUUCGUUUCAAUGAUUUCGAAGUUUGCAUCUAGAUCUAGAACACAAAUCAAAACAACUUUUGUUUUUAAUUUUUGUGUUUUUUGUAAGAUUUUACCGUUUUUGCGUGGAGGAUCGCAGUGAGGACUUCAAAAGAUCAAGCUCAACAGACCGGAUCGCAGGAGCUUCUCCAAGUCGAGAGCUUUUGCAUGUCGAUUCAAUCUUCAUCCCUGAGCGAUCUAGCUUUUUCUUCUCUGUUUUUGAAUAUUUUGGAAUUUAUAUCUGUUUUUGAUGUUUGAUUGCGAUGAGGAUCUCUAAGCUCCCUCUUCUGAUUGAUGUUGAGGAAAUUCGCUGGCCGAAUCGAACCAUUAUAACUAUCGCCACCACUGAGCAAUCUCUGUCUUUACUCUCUGUUUGAAAUUCAUCGGAUCUGUUAGGUUUCAAUUGAUUUCAUGGAAUUUGAUCUCCAAUCGGUUCUAGAUUUUCUUGAUUUUUUUAGCAAUUUUUACUUCUAAAUGUUCUGAAACCAUUAGAUCACAGUGAUGACUUGCAAUAUUCAAGCUCAACAGACCGGAACGAGGCUUCUUCUUCCUGGAAAUGGGUUGAAGGAGUUUGCCUGUCGAUUACCCCGCUGAACUGAGUGAUCUAUAGGGUUGAACCAGUGCAUUAAUUAUCUGUUUGAAAAUAAUUUCAGAAAUUUAGUCUGAUUUUUCUUGGAUAUUUAUGUUUAAAUUUUCUGUUUUUUUUGUUUAAUUACAUUGUUGUAAUUAAUGAUGAGGAUGAAGCAAAAAAUAGCAUUUCCAACACUUGGACUGAGUACUGAUGCAAAACCAGUUUUGCUACUGAAUCUGUGACAAAGCAUUUGUUUGGUUUAUUUUAUCUUGAUUCUUAUGUGUUUUAUUUCUUUUAAAUUCUAUUGGAGAAACUAUUGACAAAAUGAAUAAUAUUAUGACACCAUUUGACACAGCUGAUUGCUUGUGCGUG